UGAAAUGAAGGAGUUUUACUGAGGGGAAAAAAGUUUCUACAGCUGGAUGGAAGAGCUGCAGAGAAGUCCUGUUUAAACGUCUUCAUCUGAUGAAACCCCAGAACUGGAGGCUUAGUUUGGGCCUCUGGUGAGGAGAACCGAACCAUGACAAGCUGUCAGGAUGGUACCAAGCUGCGCUACUGGCUGACUCUGGUCUCAGGGAUGCUGGAGUGUCUGUGCUUCGCCGGUGUGGUUUUUGGUUAUGCUUCUCUGGUGUUUGUGCUGAAGGAUGAUGGCUACUUCAGUGAGCUGUGUGUCAGCAACAUCACUGAGACCGACUGUCGUGGUCAGGACGAGCAGUUCUCUCUGGUCUUCACCAUCGCCUCAUUCCUGAACAACUUCCUGAGUCUGGUCAACGGCUUCCUGUUUGACCGUUUUGGCACUUUGGUGACCAGGCUGCUGGGAAUAUCUUUAUAUACAACAGGAACCCUUCUUGUGGGCUUCUCCAGUGCAGCGUUUUCCCAGAUACUUUUUCCUGCUCUGUCCUGCAUCGCAGUGGGAGGAAUUCUGCUCCUACUCACUAACAUGCCUCCUGUAUGAACGAGGAGUGUCUCUCCGGUCCUCCUUCCUCACCGUGUCCCUCUGCAGCAUCGUCCACGUGGCCAGGACCUUCCUGCUCAUGCCGAGGACCCACAUCCCCUACCUUCUGCCACAGAGCUACACUUAUGGGAUGGAUUGUGGGAAGGGCAACACUUAUAAUGUGGAGCAGGUGGAGCGGCUCAGGGACACGUUGGGGACUCUGGAUCAGGACCUCAGUGAAACAAACAAAACACAAGAAGAUGAAAGAGAAGAAGCAGAAAAAGAGCUGAGUUUCCAGAGCUGCGUCCUGUCCUGGUUCUUCCUGUGGCACCUCCUGUGGYUGUCCCUGAUGCAGCUGAGGCACUACCUCUUCAUCGGGACACUCAACACCACGCUGAACCGGCUGGCUGAAAACGACACAAGCCUGGUGAGUCAGUACACCAACGCCUUUGCAGUGACCCAGCUGUGUGGAGUCCUCUGCGCCCCCUGGAACGGACUCAUCCUGGACAGACAUAAAGGGAAACCUCGAGCCGACGGAGAAACCGAACGGGAGGCGGACCUGCGCUCCUCCUGCCUGUCACUGUUCCUGACAUCCUUGCAGUGCCUCCUCUUCUCGGCGUGCGCCUCCAUCCCUCUCCUCCCCCUGCAGUACCUCACCUUCAUYCUGCAGGUCCUCAAUCGCUCCUUCCUCUACGGGGGAAACGCAGCCUUCAUUAGCAUCGCCUUUCCAGCCACUCACUUUGGGAAGCUGUACGGCCUGGUGAUGUGUCUGUCUGCUGUCAUCUCCCUGCUGCAGUACCCCUGCUUCGCCCUGGUCAACGGACCUCUGCAAGGGGAUCCAUUUUAUGUGGACAUCACCCUCACCCUCCUCACCCUCCUGGCCUUCAUCCACCCUCUUUACAUCUACGUCCACUGCAGGAGAGAAGCCCACAGCAGGAAGAACAGCUCUCACCCCCAAGUCUCCACUGACUCCACCUUAUCUGAAGCCAAACUGUAGCGAAGGGAUCAUUUCUGCUUUUUAACGCUACAAAUAAAAACAUUUUGUAAACAUUUUUACUCAAGUUUUUAAAGUACAAAGAAGUUUGUUUUUAACACAGCGUGUCUUUCAAAGUUUUACUGACUGAGGAAAGUUAUAAAUAAAUAUUUUUACAAAGAUUUAAAGAAAAAUGUUACAUCAGGUAAAGAAUUCCACCAGGUGGUGGCAAUAAAUAAAAAACGUAACUUUA